AUGCCACGUCCUCUUCUUCAGGGAAGGCUUGGGAUUAACUAUCGUCGGAUUCCCAUCAUGUCGAUUGGAAGGGACAUCUACAUCGACACACGACUGAUUAUAUCGAAGUUGGAGACAUUCUUUCCGGAAGGAGCGCUCAAAGCUUCGGAUCCUUGGGGAGCUGGCUUUGAGGAGAUACUUCAGGGUUGGACGAUUGAUGGGGGGUUCUUCUGGAGGACUGCGGGUAGUAUACCACUCUCCGCACCAUUACUGCAGAAUGAGGUGUGGGUGCAGGACAGGAAAGAAGGCUCUGGUGGUGCGUUCAACGUUGAAGCACUAGCUGAGAACAGAUCUUGGUGCAUUGGUCAGCUCAAAGUCUAUCUUGGCAUACUUGAGAGAAUGCUUGAAGAUGGUCGGCAGUGGCUCAUGGGGCAAGAGUCUCCCACGCUUGCAGAGCUGCAUGUAUGCUGGAUGUGUGAUUGGGCCAUAAAUCUAGCAGGCGAUAUGCAAGACUCUUCCAACCCCACGGACGAUCUGCAAAGAGCCUUGAGUAAGGAAUCAUUCCCUGCCAUCCACGAAUGGACGCAAAGGUUCAGGAAACUGGCCAACGAAGCAGAGACCUCGAAUCUUGGGGCCGGUCCGCUUGAAGAAGGGUCAGAAGCAGAAGAUCGAGUGGUACAAAAGAUCCUGUCUAGCACGCUCACGGAGAAAGCUGACAUUGGCAUUAACGAGUCUGAUGUACUCGUGAAGAUUGAUGGGUUGAAAGCUGGACAAAAGGUUAGCGUUAGUCCAUCUGACUUUGGCUUUAAUCACAAGGACCAGGGCAUCCUUGUUGGACUUUCGGAUGAUGAGGUUGUCAUCGAAAUGAAGGUGCCAGGUGGUGGGAAUGACGGCAUGUUGAGACUGCACUAUCCGCGUAUCAAUUUCGAAGUCGUGGCCGUGUAG